AUGCUGAGCUUGUCCUCGCCUACAGGCGAGUGGCUCUCCACCGCCGCCAUCGUCCGUUGGAAAGCAGGGCGGCCGCUCCACUGGUGCGGACCCAUGUGGAGGCAACGACGGCGCCCGUGGCCUGACCGCCUUGUUCGUCGGGGCUCCAUGCACGCCAGCGCGGCGCGUGCGCCGGUUGAUGCCCACCCACUCUCGAUCCAUGGGGAUAGAGAUGCUGAGAGACCGUAUUUGGAGUCCAGCGAUCCUCCCAAGGUGGCUUCUGCGCCUGCGACGCUUGCCCCUCCGCCGCUCCACGUGCAAAGCCUGUUCGCCCGUACGGACGCGGCGCAGUGGUUGUCCAUUGCACAUAUACCCAACGACGCGGCAUCUGUGAAAUCUUGGCUAGAUCAUCAGGACAGUACAACGCGUGCCCUCUUGUCCUGUUUUGCUCAGGCAUUAUUCCCCGCAGCCAGUCGUUCCAUCGAAGCCACGCUGCGCGAGGCACUCAGUGACACGAUCUCGCCCCUGCCAGGAAUGCCGGAGGACAGUGGCUGUGUUUCAGAGGACCAUUGUGUGGACGAGUCUCCUGUGCAGCAGGUCAUCCAGUGGGCUGUGGCACUGGCUCACACGCAGGACCAAGUUUGCCCAGACGAUGACAAAGACCUAUCGACGCACCGCGCUCCGGAUAUUGGCUCAGCCCCGUCCUCGCCUGGCAGACAGCCGUCCACGCAUGGUCCUCUUGUGGAAUUGGCCCCCAUGGUCCCCGACGAGGCCCGUCCGCCGCCGUCCUUACCCCCGCUCAAGUGGCGAGCCAGGCGCGACGUGGACAAUUCCGUCUUUGUCGACCCGUACGGUUUUGUGUAUGGCAUGACCGUGUCAGAGUACAGAAAACACGUUCAGGGGGAAGCUGGACAGGUGGAAACCAUCCCUCAUGCGGCAGAGCCUACCGACCUCACAGUUGCGCCGCUACCAGCACCAUGGAGCGAACUCUCGAUGUCCUCAGAGUCAGCCGACAUGUCCACCCUCCAGCGCGUCCAUACCGUGUACGAGGAACAACAAAAGGAGCGGCAGCACUUGUGGGACAACUUUGUGGAAGGCUGCGCCGGUCCGACCGUUGUGGGUCGUGAGACUGCGACGCUGUGGCACACGAUCUUUCAGUCGUUCCGCUCGGUCGAUCGGAAAAGUGCACCAGUAGACCGUCGCUGGCGUCAAUUUCUCCAGUUGUGCGAGCAGGGCGUGCCGAUGAUGUACCGCCCAGCGAUUUGGUCGGAAGGUUCGCAGGCACACACCUGCGCUGAGCCGGGCGAGUUCCAGGCGCUACUCAGCCGUCCACCCAUGGACGAGCAGAUUGACUUAGAUGUCACUCGCACAAUGCCCACAAACCUAUUCUUUGGCAGCCAGGGCCCUGGUGUUGCUAAGCUCCGGCGCAUCCUCCAUGCUUAUACUCAGUAUAAUCGUACAUGUGGCUACUGCCAAGGGAUGAACAACCUGGCGGCCAUUCUACUAUUAACAUACAGCAACGAAGAAGAUGCCUUUUGGACAUUUGUGGGACUCAUCGACCAUGUAUUGCCGCCUGGGUAUUAUGCGGCCGAUAUGCUAGUGCCCCAAGCAGACCAACAGGUACUGACCCAGAUGGUACGCAGAGGCCAGCCCAAGCUAGCAGCACAUAUGAAGGCGCUCCAUGUGGAAUUGGCGGCAGUCACGUACACAUGGUUCUUGUCCCUGUUUACCUCUUGCUUGCCCAUGGAGACGCUGUUCCGUGUGUGGGAUCUGCUCAUGGUCGAUGGGAGCAUUGUACUGUUCCGCGUCGCGUAUGCGAUACUGGUGAUGGCAUCGCCAUCUCUCCUGGCCACAAGCACUGCGGCCUCAUUUUACCACCGCCUCCGGUUCUGCACGGCCCAUUUGUUUGGCGCCGAUGAGCUGAUCCACACAGCCGUGUCACUGCGCGAGAAAAUAAGGAGACAGGAUGUGGAUGCAUGGCGUGCGCGGCACCUAGCUGUACUGAGGGGCAGCCCAUCAUAG